AAAUUUACGGAAUCCCGUAAUAAAGCGAAUCAAAAUGUGAUAGUAUCUUAUGCCUAAUACUAUUUGCCCCAGCAUUUUUGAGAAUGAUCACAAAGUUACUUUUUAGAAAACGGCUAGAUAAAUAUAUUCCCUUACAAAAUAGAAUAAAAUGACUUUCACAGAGUUGUAGAGCGGUAAAUUUCCUAUAAAACUGUGCUAAUUAGAAAUUUUGGAGGUGCUCGGGUAGCUUGUAAAAAAAAUAAAAUAUCCGUUUUGUGACUUUUUGCCCCAGUCUCCCAUACCCUCUUUAACUUGAGAGAUUAUCGUUGAAUUUUGAUAAGAUUGCACUCGAUAAAAUUUACUCAGAAAUUGAAGCAAUAAAUUUAUUAGGCCUUCAUCAAUUCUCAGUAUAUUUCCCAUAUAUACUUCGUUUAAAACUGUGAAGUUGGUCACUCUUUUGCUCAAUUUGUACGACUUGGCUAUGCCUUCAAAUGGCAAUCAGAAAAGUAUUGUUAUUGUUGGUGAUGGAAGUGUUGGAAAGACAUCGUUAGUUACAACUUAUACACAAGGAUUCUUCCAGGAAUCUUACAAUCCUACAGUAUGUGACGUGAAUGAAAUUACAGUGACUGUAGAUAACGUAGAGUACAUAGUUAGUCUUGAAGAUACAGCUGGUCAAGAGGGAUAUGAAAGACUAAGAGGACUUUUAUACGAAUCUGCAGAUGCUUUUAUUUUAUGCUACGCCAUCCCAGAGAGAGAUUCCUUCAACAGUAUCAAACUGAAAUGGAUUAAAGAACUUCGCGAGAAGAAACCAAACGCUCCAACUCUUCUUGUGGGCACCAAAUCUGAUGCUAGGAUACGCUCUUCAGUCUCUACCCAAGAAGGUGAAGCCCUUGGGAAAUCCAUAAGGGCCAAUAGUUUCAUUGAAUGUUCAGCAAAAACACAAGAAAAUGUGAAUGAAGUUUUUUAUGAAGCUGUUAGGGCAGCAGUUGAUGGGAUCAUUCAAAUUGAAAGUGAAAGUAAUCGGAAAAUUUCAUGCUGUUGCGGAAUUAGUAUGGUAUUUAAACCGAGGUUUUAAUUAUUACAAAAAAUUGUUAAUUUUCACAAUAAAGUACAGAUAGAAAACAGCAGGACUCCGGGCAACUUUUUUGCAAUUGAAAUUUUUAGAACCUACAACAAAUAAAAUUGCCAG